GGUGGCAUUCAACUGAGUGGGAUUGGGUCUGACUUUCCAAACAUGGCUCAACAGUCAUCGCGGCUUAAUCGAUUGCUAACGCUGUUGGACACGGGUUCAACUCAGGCAACAAGGUUUUCAGCAGCAAGGCAGAUAGGAGAGAUUGCCAAAUCUCAUCCUCAGGAUCUCAAUGCUCUUUUGAACAAGAUGUCCCAGUAUUUACGGAGUAAAAAGUGGGAGACCAGAGUAGCUACUGCUCAUGCCGUGGGAGCUAUUGCAGAGAAUGUCAAACAUAUAUCUUUGACAGAACUCUCUAGCUCCGUGGAGUCAAAGAUUUCAGAAGCUGGGAUAUCUGCUACAUUUGAAGAUGUCGUGACAUGGCCAAACUUCCAUUCUAAACUUGGAGGAAGCAUUUCUUUUCGAAGUUUUGAUCUAAACAAGGUGUUGGAGUUUGGGGCUUUGGUGGCAUCUGGUGGACAG